AAAAACUCUAAAGUCUAAACCCUUAUCCGAACACAUUCCACACCCUGAGAAUCCCUCAUCCCAAAACCCAAAAUUCGGCACAAAAAAUUUUCGUUUCUAGGAUUUCUCCAAACUGUUAAUGGACAGUAUCUCUCUCUCCAGCCCUAGAACCUCCUAUUUCCUACUUUUUUUACCGUCCAAUGUGAAAUUCCAGGGGACCCACCAAAGUUUCACUUUUACCCACCGGAGAUCACUUCCUAGCGGCGACACUGCUCGCCGUACCUUCCAUCAUGGCGGUCGGAUACGGCCAGUUGUUGUGGCUAGUGCGGGGGCUAGCCACUGCGACUUUGGUAGCUUGAACGCGCCGCUCGAGCCGCGGUCUGCUUCCGGGAAGUAUCUCGGCGGGGUCUUGCAAAACCGGCGGCAGUUAUUUCAGUUGGCCGUUUCCGAUGAACUGAAGCAACUUGCCGAUGAUCGGGAAGGCGCUUCUUGUCAGGUGUUCCUGACACAUGACCCCGAUUUGGCCUGUCUUUACAGAAGGAUUGCCCAACUGAAAGCAGGCGACUGUGAUAUUGCGAUUGAAGAUAUAAUCUAUAUGUUAAUCAUUUACAAGUUCUCUGAAAUCCGAGUCCCUUUGGUUCCAAAGCUCUCAAAAUGCAUUUAUAAUGGUAGACUAGAGAUAUGGCCUUCAAAGGACUGGGAGUUACAAUCCAUUCACAGUUUUGAGGUCUUGGAGAUGGUACGAGAGCAUGUAAGUACUGUUAUUGGCUUGAGAGCAGAUUCUAGUGUCACAGACAACUGGGCAACAACAGAGAUUCAACAGGUUAAUCUUGGCCGAGUUUAUGCAGCCUCAAUCUUUUACGGCUACUUUCUGAAGUCUGCCUCUUUGAGGCACCAGCUUGAACAGUCUCUAGCAUUGCCAAUGACUGAUCAAGGCAACAAUCUUAGUCAAAAGCCUUCCCUUCAAUUUCCAGAGAUUAAGGCCAGAUUGAAAAAUCUGGUGCUUGGCGGUGUACAUAAUACACAGUCUUAUACAGCGGGUCAAGAUUCAAGCAGGCAGGAAGAUCUUGAAAACUUAAGGCAGUAUGUGAUGGGAUUUGAUCCUGAAACAUUGAAGAGGUGUGCAAAACUGAGAUCCAAAGAGGCUGCAAAGUUGAUCGAGAAGCAUUGUCAUGCACUAUUUGGGGAUGAAAAGAUGUGCAAACUUGAAAAUGAUGCAUUGAUCCUUACCUCUUUCUCAAGCCUAAAGCGGUUAGUUUUGGAAGCUGUUGCUUUUGGUUCUUUCCUUUGGGAGAUAGAAGAUUAUGUUAACAAUGUCUAUAAGCUUAAGGACAACUAAUUAGAGCCAACAGGGGAAAUUCAGAGCUUGUGAUCAAGCCUCUCUGUACAUAGGAGUUUUACUAUUGCUGGGUAUAACGUUCAUCGGUAAGCAAUUUUAUGUGUACUUACUAUCAUCUUAUAUUUAUAUAUAAAUAAUGAAUAGUUCCGAUAUUA